UCGCUGGAUUCAGGGUGCUGCAAACGAAUGUCCUCCCCUAAGUUGGAGUUUCUCGUCAAUAACUGCGUUAAUCGUCCGCUCUAAAGGCCGCAAAAAAAGGGCGCACACACUCCCCCGUGCGCGCGCACAUCCGUGCGCGUCUUCUGGCUAAGUGGCUGGGGCGGGACAAGGCGGGGACAGCGAGCAGCGCGAGCGAGCAGCGCGCCAGUCGGGUUGGUGGACAGCUGAUUGUCCGCGUCAUUAGCCGCGCUUGGGGGGCGUUCCUGUUGGCCGUGAAGACCACGCCCCCUGCUCCGGUACUUUUUCUUCUGUUUGGCAUCCCAGAGAUGGUCCAAAGUGAUUCCUCAGGGAAGAAAAAAGAGUGCAAAGCACACAAGCAGGAGCUUGACGAGCCGCCGUUACCCGGGACCGCCUCUUAUAAUUGCGCGUAAUCUUCCGUUUCAUUCAUCCAGGCGGGGAGGAAGACUUUGUAAAUAGAAAGAGCGGAGGACGAGCGACGCCUCAUCGUGGUUUACCUUCAAGCUGUGGACUGUUUCAAGCAGAAAUUGUCAGUUUCCUCGUGUUUUUGUCAGCUGCACCUUGAUCCAAGGGACUGCCGUCAACUCUGCCUCCGCGCGCUUCCCCUUUUAUCGUCUUCAUAUCUGCUGCCUCCCCUUCUUAUUCUCGUGGAGUCGCUGACAUGAGACGCUGCUGUUGCCCCGGAUGCUGACAGCUCCCCUUUUUCCCCUUCUGCAUGUCACAUCUUUUGUUUACUUUGAGAGGCACGCGUGCGUCUAAACACCAAGUGAAAUAGACCGCACCACUUUGCUCCGGUGACAGCGCGAUCAAACAGUCGCAGGAGAAGGGGAGGCCGGGGGAGGGAGAGAAAGAGAGAGAAAAGGAGGGAGCCAAGGAGAGGAGGAUAGAGACACAUAUAGGAGAGAGAGAGAGAGGGAGAAACAGAGAGGGCGGAAAGGUGCGUUUUGAUGUUUGGCAUCCACGAGAGCAUCCAGAGGAGCGGGAGUAGUAUGAAAGAAGAGCCCAUGGUGGCCGGCAUGAACGCGGUUCGGACAUGGAUGCAGGGCGCCGGAGUGCUGGACGCCAACACAGCUGCCCAGAGCGGAGUGGGUCUCGCUCGGGCACACUUCGAGAAGCAGCCGCCCUCCAACCUCCGCAAGUCCAACUUCUUCCACUUCGUCCUGGCUUUAUACGACAGACAAGGUCAGCCCGUGGAAAUAGAGAGGACCACCUUUGUAGACUUUGUGGAAAAAGAAAAGGAAACGACUGGGGAAAAGACCAACAAUGGGAUCCAUUACAGACUCCAGCUCCUCUACAGUAACGGGAUCCGGACAGAGCAGGACUUGUAUGUUCGGCUCAUUGACUCCAUGACUAAACAGGCAAUCGUUUAUGAGGGCCAGGAUAAAAAUCCAGAGAUGUGUCGGGUCCUAUUGACCCAUGAGAUCAUGUGCAGUCGGUGUUGUGAUAAGAAGAGCUGCGGCAACAGGAACGAGACCCCAUCAGACCCUGUCAUCAUCGACAGGUUCUUCCUCAAGUUCUUCCUGAAGUGCAACCAGAACUGCCUGAAGAAUGCAGGGAACCCCCGAGACAUGAGGCGUUUUCAGGUGGUAGUGUCAACUACGGUGAGCGUGGAGGGUCAUGUUCUGGCCGUCUCUGACAACAUGUUUGUGCACAACAAUUCAAAACAUGGGCGCCGAGCUCGAAGACUGGACCCGUCAGAAGGAACACCGUCUUACCUGGAACAUGCAACCCCAAGCAUCAAAGCCAUUAGCCCCAGUGAAGGCUGGACCACAGGGGGCGCAACAGUCAUCAUCAUUGGAGACAACUUCUUUGAUGGCCUUCAAGUCAUAUUUGGAACCAUGCUAGUCUGGAGUGAGCUGAUCACCCCCCACGCCAUCCGUGUGCAGACCCCGCCCAGGCACAUCCCAGGGGUGGUGGAAGUCACGCUGUCCUACAAAUCCAAACAGUUCUGCAAAGGGACACCUGGGCGCUUCAUUUACACAGCCCUGAACGAGCCAACUAUAGACUAUGGCUUCCAGAGAUUACAGAAGGUCAUCCCGAGACACCCUGGAGACCAAGAGAGAUUACCCAAGGAGGUGAUUUUGAAGAGAGCAGCAGACCUGGUAGAGGCCUUGUACGGGAUGCCUCAUAACAACCAGGAGAUGAUUCUAAAACGAGCAGCUGACAUCGCAGAGGCCCUCUACACGACGGUGCCACGAGGGCACAACCAGCUCGCGGGUCUUGGCAGCAGCUCCGUCCACGCUGGCAUGAUGGCCGUAAACUCGUUCACCGGGUCAGAGGUGGCGCAAACGGCCAACCAGGGUUUCAAUAGGAGUACGAGCAGUGUGUCCCCUCAUGGUUAUGUCCCCAGCUCCACCCCCCAGCAGAGUAGCUACAGCACUGUCUCCACUAGCAUGAACGGCUAUGCUAACUCUGGCAUGGCAACUCUGGGCACUUCGCCCAACUUCCUCAACGGAUCUGCAGGCAACUCGCCCUACGCUAUCGUCCCGUCCAGCCCCACCAUGGCGUCCUCGACUAGCCUGCCCUCCAACUGCAGCAGCUCCUCCGGCAUCUUCUCUUUUUCUCCCGCCAACAUGGUUUCUGCUGCCGUCAAGCAGAAGAGCGCCUUCGCCCCCGUCGUUCGACCCCAAAACUCCCCUCCGCCAACUUGCACCAGCACUAAUGCUAACAGCCUGCAAGAUCAGUCUUUUGUGGACUCUAGCAAGUACUCAUCAGCCAGCUCUCUGCAGGGCCUGGCCUUCUCCUGAACGAUCCCUGGAAUGAUCGUUCCGCCCAUGUAGAGGAACUGGGAUGGCUGGAGAUUUGGGAAUGCUGAGAGGAAAAAGACACAGUAGCAGGAUCUGGCGAGUCUCUGUUGUGCUCUGGAGCUGAAAUGACUAAAGUCGAGAUAAGACUGUUAAACUCAGGCCUUUCUAACUAAAUUUCAUCUGAAGGGACAUGGGAGAAGAAAAAAAAACGAGGACAACAUGAACUUUUGUGAUGUUAUUUCCCUUUUGGUUGAUUUAGUGCAGCUUCACUGACACAGCGAUGGAUGGAGUACAUAGACUGAUAGUUCACCCACAGUGUGACAUUGACCUCAUGAACAAAAGCAUUUAUUUAUCCUUCUGUCUCUGCCUGUAAUGUUUGGGUUUGAUUUCUGGAGGCCCCCUAGACCUUCCUAGAACACAUUUAUAACUUCUCAUUUUUACAAAAAAAAACCCACACUGCAUCAAAAGAACAGCACAUGUCACAAAGAAACACUGAAAAGAGCGAAAUCAACCCCUAACUUUUGCUGCUAAUUAUUACACAAAUCUAAAAAAAAGUCACCCAAUCAGCAUCACAAACUAUGCCUUCCUUCUUUGUUCUUCUCAUUUGGUUUGUUUGUUGGAAUUUGGAAAAAAACUGUGAGGAUUGAGCUGUUUGCAAUAUGUGUUUCUGCUUGUCACAUAAGGAGAAAAGGCAAUUUUUGUUUUCAUUUUUUGCCUAAACAGACCUUUUGUCUAAAGACUUGAAAAAGCCAGAUGACGCGUGUCCAGCCAGCACUGUACUGAAGGAGCCUAGCGAUUAUCAAAUUAGAAUCAAUAACGUGAUAUAUGUGAUAUAUUUUUGUACAUAAAAAAGCCAAUUUUUCAUUUCACAUCUUUUUUUUGCGAUAGCUAUAGUUUGAAACAUUAAAUGUCUUAAGGCAGCUUCUCAGUACAGACGAUAGAUUUACAGUUUGUGGUCAAUAUCUCAUCCACUGAACACGCAAAACAUGGAUUUGGAUUCAAAAAUGUAAAUGAUCCUAUAAAUAAUGUAUUUAUCCCUUGCAUUUGUACAUUGACUCACCCUUGUUUAGUUGUGUUGUGUAAAACAGUAAGUGAACAUGUUUCACUGUUUUUUUUAUGUACUGUUGUUUCCCACUAUUUAAAUGUGACUUUUUGAAUCUCCUUUUUUUAAUUUCUAUGUUAUUUUGUUGAUUCAAAACAUGCCAUUGUCUAUUUUUGUAUUAUUUGUAAGUUAAUAAAAAAAAUCUGUUUUUUUUCUUAUAUAAAUGAUUAUUGUAUGGCAAAAAGUAGCAUCUUAUUCAGAGUAUUUGGUUGAAGUAGAUUUUUGAAGAAUAUAAACACACAUUAAUAUAUGCUGUAAAUCUAUAUCUUUUUGUUUAAAUUUUUUAAGGCUUUCCGAAUGAUGCUCUUCUUGAACUGAUAAUAUGCAUGGGUUCUUCUCUGUGUGUGAAAGCCAGAAGAACUUUUAAAAACACUUUGUUUUAUCUUUUUGUGUGUUUUUUCUGUUUUUCUCCACCCUCAGUUCUUUCUUUUGUCAUUUCUGCCUGCUUACUUACUGUAUCUAUAUCCUUUUUUUUUCUUUUUUAUGUCACUGUAAUCUUUACCAGCAGUCUAGAUGCCUUAACAAUGCAAAAUUCAUUCUUCAUUCAAUCACGUGUACAGUUUUCUAGCCUCACCACAAUUGUCUAUUGCCACAGGAAUUCAUGAGAACUUGGGGACAAGCACAAACCCACUCUGUUUGGUGCUGCAGCCAGACUAGAAUACAAAGAGCCAUAAUUCAACAAUCACACAUCCCCGUGUACUAUAAUGCUACAGCAACAGCACCCUUUGAAAUGCAGUCGGCACAGCCUGACUUUGCAUUGUUUGCUGCAUAUUAGUGUUCACUUUUAUUGACGAUAUGUAGCCGUUUUUUUUAAUAAUUUCAACAGCAUGACGGUUAUAUUUUUUUUCCUCAACCACUGGAUCACAGCUGUUUCAAUUGUACUACAGAGCGGCACAAAACGUGAAGCCAAGCACUGUCGCAGCACAAUUCUGAUCUCUCCCAUGGAGCCGCCGCUCCGACUCCACUGUCCAACAGCCGAUUCCCUGUUCUGGCGGCUAGAUAAUGCAGCAUCAUUACAAGCUAAACAGGACAACAACAUGUGAGGAUGUUUGAAAAGGAAGCUCCUUGGCCCAUUAGCCAUUUCUGUGGUCUUUGUGUCUGCAGUGUGUCUUCAAGCUGUUGCUGGACAGAGAAUAGGGCUUUUCUCUCCGCUUUUCUUCUCAAGAGCCUGGUUUUGUUAAGUGGGUAGAAAGGAUCGUUUUAACGGAGGCGCCUGCUGACAGACAAGUGUUUUUCACUCACUUGUGUGCCUGUGCUGGGGCAGGGGGGGGCCGCAACAUAUCUGUUUCAAAUGAACUACAGAGGUCUGUUGUCAUACAAUGGCAUCUUUGUAAGCAAAGUCCCAUCCAUAAUAUGAAUAUCAAUAAUGAGUGACAACGUUUUGUACUUAAGUAACAAACAACAACAACAACAAAAAGAUUUAAACCAAAUAGCUGUUGUCUAUUUUUUCCUCUGUCUGUCUUUGACUGCAAAUACACUGAACAGCUCUAUGAUAUAAGGGAAUAAAAAAAAUCUACUGUAUAGAUUGUUAUUGUUUUUGAUGAAAACUGAGCUGUAAGAUAAACUUUUGGAUUCUCACAAUGUUAAUUAAAGUUACCUCUUGUCUGUGA